GAAGCUGGUUAAGUCUGGCCUGUACCUUUGCUGUGUUCGGCUGGGGACAGCCUUUGUUUAACCCGGGGGGAAUAUGUAACAGUCACAAUGGUGUGGUGUCCCUUUAAGACACCCAAGUCGAGGGUUGAUGGUGUCAUCAGGUUGCGCCACUGCUCUCUCUCUCUGUGGUUGUGUGGACAUGUGCUUGCAUGCCAGUACAUGAGGAAGGACGGGGUUUAUGUUUUACCUCUCCAGACACACCUUUCUUUUGCAACGUAUGGGUUGUACGAACACUGUGCGCUGUAUGUUAAGCUGCAGCCGUUCAACUGGGCUUAUAUGGUUGGCGAAGACGAGGUUUAUUAAAGGACACGCUGUGGAAUUCCUGAUGCAGUGACACUCACUCCCUCCAUUACAUCUACACGGCGCUCUCCAAACCUGUCGGCCUCCCGGGCAUCCACGAGUUCACAGCCAUGGGUUUGCUGGACGACAAGAUGAUCGACUACUUUGACAGCGAGAAUCAGGAGAAAGUUCCCAAACAGGAGUGGAUGAGAGAGUGUUUACCUGCUGAUUACUGGGAUAAAGGCACACAGUCCCGCAAGAGCAAGCAGCAGUGGUUCAAGGUCAACAUCGGCAUCCUGAUGGAGCGAAUGAGACAGAAUGAAUCAGCCAACCCUCAUGUUCUUCAGUGGAUGCACGGCUGUGAGGGUGAGACGCAGCCUGACGGCACGCUCAGGUUUGUCCGAGGCAUGGACAAGUAUGCCUACGAUGGACACGACUUCCUGUCCUUCGAUGUUAAAAACGGAGUCUGGGUCGCUCAGAGUCCGGAGGCAGAACCCACCAAGAGGACGUGGGACGCUGUCCAGGUGCUGAAAGAGUACACCAAGGGAUACCUGGAGAACGAGUGCAUCGAUUGGCUGAACAAGUUUGUGAAUUAUGGACAACAGCAGCUACAAACAGCCUCCCCACCCGAGGUCUACCUUUUUGCAAAGACCUCCAGAGUGGACACGAGCGUGCUGACGUGCCUCGCCACAGGCUUUUACCCAGCAGACAUCGUCAUGAGCAUCAGAAGGAAGGGGCGUGUCCUGGCUGCAGGCGACGGUAUGACGAGUUCAGGAGUUCUUCCAAAUAAUGAUGAGACCUUCCAGAGGAGAGACCGUGUGGAAGUUUCAGAUGAAGGACCCAAACGCAGGACUCAGAGACCUCCACCUGAGGUCUACCUGUUUGCAAAGACCUCCAGAGCAGACACGAGCGUGCUGACGUGCCUCGCCACAGGCUUCUACCCAGCAGACAUCGCCAUGAGCAUCAGAAGGAAGGGGCGUGUCCUGACUGCAGGCGACGGUGGACCUUCUCCUGUUGUCCCAGCACCAGAGACUCAUUCCCUCCAUUACAUCUACACGGCGCUCUCCAAACAUGUCGGCCUCCCGGGCAUCCACGACUUCACAGCCAUGGGUUUGCUGGACGGCAGGAUGAUCGACUACUUUGACAGCGAUACUCAGGCAAAGGUUCCCAAACAGGAGUGGAUGAGAGAGCGUUUACCUGCUGAUUACUGGGAUAAAGGCACUAGGGUAAAGCAAAGGGUUAACCUAGGGGUGUCACUUUGGACCGGGCGCUCAGCCAGCGCCAGGUGUGAACUCUGGCCGGCAUUUGACCCUGCACCUGCUGCUCCUGGGUGCGUGGGAAAGUUACUCAGCAGCAGGAGCACACAGUCCCACAAGAGCAAGCAGCAGUGGUUCAAGGUCAACAUCGGCAUCCUGAUGGAGCGAAUGAGACAGAAUGACUCAGACCCUCAUGUUCUUCAGUGGAUGCACGGCUGUGAGGGUGAGACGCAGCCUGACGGCACGCUCAGGUUUGUCCGAGGCAUGGACAACUACGCCUACGAUGGAGACGACUUCCUGUCCUUCGAUGAUAGAAAUGGGGUGUGGAUCGCCUCAGCUGAGGAGGCACUUCCCACCAAGAGGAAGUGGGACGGCGUCCAGGUGCUGAGAGAGUACACCAAGGGAUACCUGGAGAACGAGUGCAUCGAUUGGCUGAGCAAGUUUGUGAAUUAUGGAAAACAGCAGCUCAAAAAGAAAUCUCCACCCAAUGUCUACGUGCUUGCAAAGAAGGCCAAACUGGAGACAAACCUCAUCCUGACCUGCCUCGCCACAGGCUUCCACCCAGACGGCAUCACUGUGAUGAUCAGGAGGAAUGAAGAGGAAGUUCUGAAGAGCUCAGAGGUUCUUCCAAAUAAUGAUGACACCUUCCAAAUAAGAGACCGUGUGGAGAUUUUAAGGUCUGACCUGCUAAAUUACAGCUGUGAAGUCGUUCACGAGGCCUCGGGUGUGAACGUUUCAAAGGUUUGGGACCGCAGCCUGCUCCGUCACUCUGAUGGAGGCGGAGCGUCGCUCGCUGCUGUGCUGGGAUUGGUCCUGCUGGCUUUGGUUUUCACUGCUGUGGUUCUGGUGGUGCUGUACAAAAGAGGCAUCUUUGGUAGGUGUGGUCACUGCGCUGGUGUCAGAUCUGAGAGUCUCUGCUGUCCUCUGACCUGGGGUCCGUUCUUCGUACCUCGCUCGCAAAGCUUCUUGAAGCUUCAUUUGCUCUAG